AUGAAUUAUGCUAAUGAAUUUUUUCCUAAUGGAGUCUAUGAACAAGAACCAAUGAAUACUAUUCCUGUACAAACUAUAGAUCAAGACAUAAAAGAACGUAAACGUAAAUCUGCAAUGUAUACUGAAGAUAUUGAAGAAUUAAGUCAUGCAGUUUAUAUUUAUUGGAGAGCAAAAGAAAUGGUUAAAACUAAAGAAUAUGAAGUUGAUGAAGCAAACGAAAAAGCAGAACAAAUGUGGGCUGAAGAAACUGAAGAAGUAAGAGAAACAUUUAGGAGAGCUGCAGUUGUUCAAGACAUUAUGUUAGGAAAUGCUAUGGGGAAAAAAAGGAGACAAGGAAAAAGUGAAUAUGCUCAAAAUAGAGCAGAAUAUAAUCCAUUUUUAUUAUUUUGUAGAGACCAUCGUGAGAAUGUUAGAGAAAAAGGUAGCAGAGGAAAAGGAAUGUCAACUUUAUCUUCUAUGUGGAAACAACUCCCUGAAGAAGAUAAAGAACGUUACCAAGAACUCGCAAAACAAAAUAAAGCAAAAGAUAUAAAAACAAAUGAUCAACCAGCUCAAGAUCAACCUUCUUCAAUUCCAACAGAUACUCAACAGUCAUCUCUCCAGCAAUAA